CGCAUGCGUAGCGGAUGUAGUUUUUUACAACAUGGCCGAGUAUGGAAAUGAUUAUGGGGAUCGAUACAGUGGUGGAGGAGGAGGUGGUGGUUAUGGAGGACGUAGAGGAGGCAGAAACCAAGAAAAGAAACCAUUACCCACGGAACCACCAUUCACUUGUUAUGUAGGGAAUUUACCUCAAGGACUUGUCCAGGGCGACUUGGAAAUUAUAUUUAAACACUUGCGGGUUCGUAGUGUACGUCUAGUCAGAGAUAAAGAAACAGAUAAAUUUAAAGGAUUCUCUUAUGUAGAAUUUGAAGACAUUGACUCUUUAAAGGAAGCUCUCACUUAUGAUGGGGCAUUAUUUGAAGAUAAAAAUAUCCGUGUUGAUGUAGCAGAGGGUAGAAAUAAAGACAAAGGUCAAGGAUUCCAAGGCAACCGAGGAAGAGACAGAGGAGGAUACCGAGGUCGAGGGGGCCGUGGUGGUCGAGGUGGCUACCAGGACCGAGGAGGUGACAACUGGGGAGGUGACCGGGGAUACUCUGACCGUGGGAGCUAUAACAGGGGAGGUUAUCGUGGUGACUAUGGAGGUGGCAGGGGUCGCCAGGAUGGAUUUGGUGGUAGGAAUCAGGAUGGUUUUGGUGGAAGAAACCAUGAUGGUUUCAGUGGUCGCUCCAGGCAAAGACAGAAUAGUGGACCUUCAGAAGAACUAAGGGAGCCAUCACCAGAGAGUGCAGCACAGCGCCCAAAAUUAAAACUUUUACCACGUAGUGUUAAAGAACCUGCAAAUGCAGCAGCUCCUGGGUCUAGAAAUGCCAGUAUAUUUGGCACUGGGAAACCCAGAGAUGCAACAAAUGAUGCUGAUGUUCCUACUGAUCGCAGUCGUACGACAAGUGAAAACAGCAACCAUUAGCUAUAAACAGAAAUCAUUAACCAAUUGUUUGUAAAUAUUGUAAAUUUCUUGUGUACAGAAUCACUCGAUACAUGUAAAUUUUUUGAAAUUUUGAGAAAAUUCUUAAAUAUUUCCAACAUAAUAUAAAUUCUGAAGUUAAGACUUGCGAUUUCAACAGACUUGAAAUAGUAUGAAGACAGAUUCACUCCAUUUCUUGUACUACUAUCCUAAAUUAAAAAUCUCCCUGUGUGAAAAUAGCUCUUGCAUCCAACAUCUGAGACUGAACCUCUGCUUCUAGUUGAACUAUACCAUUAGCAGUUGGAUUGUACUUGUUGUUAACUUAUAUAUUUGAUAUUGGAUGAAAUAUUUCAAUUAUUGUGACUGUAAAGCUGACAUGACCUGUUUUACAAGGGAUGAAGUAUCCAUGGGAUGAAGUAUCCUCACCUCGCUUUUUUCUCACUAUAUAUGUGAACAAUAAGAAUUGAUUUUGUUAAUGGAUUGUGUUGCAUACAUUUUGUUUCAAGGAGAAUAAUCUGUUUUAAGGGAUAACUAAAUUUGUUUGAAUUUCUUUUUAAUUUUGUUAAUUAGUUUAAAAUUAAAUAGAAAUUUAAUUGCAGAAAAAUAUAUUUUAGUGAGCAGAGAUUUGCUCUGCCUCAAUAAUCAAUUUGAUAUUCAUUCAAUGAUAUUUUUCAGUGUGCCACAAAACAUUUACACAAUAAAAAGAACCCUCUUCUCCUGCUCUCUCAUCUUUCUCAUGUAACAGUAGGGGCCAUAAGUAUUUGAGAACAAAAUACCCCUCCCCAACACCUAAUAUAGACAUCUAGGUCAUUUUUGGUGUAGUUUUUCCUAAAUUAUUUUUUCUAUGUGUGGGGGUGCAAAGGGGUAUCCAGUUCCCAAGGACCUAUGGUCAAAGGUACAUGUACAUGUAUUGCUUAUACUUUUGUUUUUAAGUGCAUGUACAUGGAUAUCAAUUGAAAUUGAACUGUGUUUGUUUUCAUGAAUUUCUGUGUGUGUGUUUGACAUAUCUGUUUCCCAUAGUUACAAGGAUCCAUUUAUAUUAAAAUUUCAUUGUGAAAGAUUCCGAGCAAUAUGUAGAAUUGUUUUACUGACGUUACCAGACAUAUGAAUACAUAAAUUUUCGGACACGUACAUGUCUUACUUUUAAUCCUUUUUUGUUGCGAAAGGUUGUAAGAAAAGAGGAAAAAAUUCUAAGCUACAUGUAUAUUAUUUAUUAUUUGUUUAUUUUUACUGUGCAACUGUCUUGUGGAAUAUACAUGUACAUUUUGUAGUAUAUUGAAGCUAUUGACUUUUUUUAGAACUGUUUUCACGUUUUCUGACCUUAAAUGUACUUGAACUUGUUUGCUUAAUUAUUCGUAGUUUUUCUUAAAUUCCUUUUGGAAAAAAUAUUUCUUAAUUUGAAAAAACAAAAAUCCUCCUGUGUUAAGCAUAUUGAUUUAGCAUAACAGUGCAUAUAUAUCAUAAGUACAGUUUAGAUAAUUAGAUUCAAAACUUCUUGUAUAUUGUUUAAUGAAAAAUUGGUUAUUUAAAGCACAUCUUCUUUUGAUUAAAUUGUGUUUUAUCAACACAGCUGAGAAAUUUUCAAUAGCAGUUGUAGAUUGUAAUGUUUUUAUUCUUGAUAUAUUAGCAUUUUUUGGCAGAUUGAAGUAAAAACUUGAUGUUAAAUAUUUAAAUACAUGUAUGUAACAAUUCUAUUUUUAUCAAUUUAAUUAUGAUAAAAAAUUGAUGAUUUUUUUUUUAUAAUGUGUUAAAAUUAUGUGUAUGAUCACAUUGAGAUGAGGAAACUUGUUUUUACUUGUGAGAUAUGGCAUACAUGGUGCUCAUUUGUGUGUGCUGAUGUACAUAUCUCUUGUCCAUUAUAGUGUCUGUGAAUAUAUAUAUAUACCCAUUAUACCAUUGUGAUGUCAUGCAUUGGUGUUACAAUUUUUUUGUACAUUGAAGUUUAAACCAUGAUGUACAUGAAGCAGAAUUAAAACAUUGAAAGAAAA